AUGAGUUAUAUGGAAAUAUUAUCUAUGCAAAAAAGCUUCCUUGAUAAAAAUGGGUAUUUAAGUAUUUAAUAUGAUAGAAUAAGUUUAGAUGAUUAUAGGAAUACAUUUAUUCGAAAAACCUACACUCUUCUGCUUUUAGAAUACAUUGUAAAUAUAAAUUUUUAUUUCUAAGUGUUUUUGUGGAGUAUCUUUAUUAGGAAAAUAUAUAUAUUAAUAUGAGAAAUAAUGGAUUUUCUGGUGUCUUGUGAUAAUAUGUCAACUAUGUCAUUUUUAUUUUGAAUAUAGUGCUUCAGCGGCAGAAAAUUAAAAUAAAAAAAUUUCUAAUAUUGUAGUAAGUGUAAUUUACUUGUGUUGUGGAAGUUUUGCAUUUUUAUUUCUUUGGACACUCCUUGGUGUCAAUUUUGGAGAUUAAUUAUGGAGAAUAUAUCUGCAAAUAGGUGGUGUAAUUUUAUUACUCAAUUUUUAUGCAAACAUGACCAAUACACACUUUUAAGGAGAAGGUAUAAAUAUAUAAUUGAAUUUAGAAUGUUGGUUAAUUGUUUUAAUAACCCCUAUUACGAUUGAAUUAAUAUUAAAUAUAUUUAUUGGAAUAUAUUCCCCAUUAUUCUAGACUUUUGUUACAAUGAUAAUAACAUGGUUAAGCUCAUUUAUGCUGUAAAUUACAUAAAAAUAAAAAUUGUAAAAAGAAGUAAAUUUAUAUAAAUAAUUUAAUAUUUUAGUUUACUUUUGAUGAAAUUUAAGUGUUAUGUUGUAUAUUGUUAGGUGUAUAAUUUUAGUUGUUAGUGAGUUUGACUAAAUCAAUUAUAAAAAAUUAAAAUUCCUAAAAUGAUCUCAGUAUUGCUAGUUACGAAAUUAAGUUAAAAUAUUUUAAAUAAAUAUCUGCAACUUAUUCAAUUAUAAUCGUAAUUUUACAAAUUUCUUUAAUGUAUGGAUGUGGAUAUGAACCUUAAUGUUUUUCACACUUUUUAAUUAAAUACAAUAACGAAGAUUACUCAUUUUCUGCUUUAUUUUGGGUGAGCUUAUCUUUUUCUCUAAUUUUAUACCCUUUAAUAUUGAUAUUCCAUCGAAGAAUUAAUUAUGUAUAUCUAAAUUGAUAUCUAGAUAAUUAAAUGGAUUUUAGUUUUAAUAGAAAUUAUUUUCUAUUCCUUAAUCCUAAUAGGCAUAACAAGUUUUAUGGUAUUGCAAGAUAAAGUAACUAAUGAUAAUUUUGAAAUGAACCAAACUUAAUUAAGUGAAUAUCUAUUAUGCAUUGCACUUAGUAUGUUUACCGGAAUUGGAAUUGGUUUAGAAGCAUAUUCGUUUAUUAAAAAAGAAAAUAUUGAAAAUAAAAAAGCAUUCCUUUUUAUGAUGAUUUGCCCAAUUAUCAUUUUCAUAAGUUAGAUUUAAUUUUCUAUAAUACAAUUUGAAGCUCUAGUCAUUGCUUAUAUCAUAGGAAUAUUAGUUAUUUUUGUUGCUUAUUCUGUUGUGGUGUUACUUGAAAUAAAUUGGUAAUUAAAUAAAGACAGCAUAGAUAUUAAUGCUAAAGAAUAUUAAUUAGGAGCUAUGCUUAUUUAUUAACCAAUUUAAACCAUUAUUGCAAGAAUAUGUACAUUGUUUAUAUGAUUCAAAU